UUAUGUCAUGCACUGUGUGAGAGGUCGUGCUCGGGCGUGACUCGUGUCUGUGUCUGUAUUUGCAGUGACCACAGCCGCGAUCAGUCUGAGCUUGGCCGAGGGGCUGGGACCGAUGCGUGACCUUUCACAGGUCAACCUUGAGGACCUGAAGGUCGCAGAGCUGAAGCUGGAGUUGAAGAAACGCAAUCUACCUGUGUCAGGCCCGAAGCCACAUCUGAUAGAGCGACUGAAGCCCUACGCUGACGUGACGACCGCACCUGUCGGAAAGUCGUUACCGACGUCUCAAGGCUUCUCCCUGCAGCAGAUGCAGGGCAUCACGUUCAAGCUGCACCAGAUGCCCAACAAUACCCUGCCGGUAUCAACAAUGCAGCAGGUUGCCACGGCAACCAAUAACAGCCAGUUUUCAGUGGCCAAUGAGGACAGCAAUAGUUUGAUGGUGAUAGCAACGCCACCUACAUCACCAAGCAAUGAUCUGCUCUACUCCUCGGGCGGACCCAUGUCAACGAAUCCUAAUUCGCCGGACAAUAGCAUGAUUGAUAGCCAGCCAGCGAGUAACAAGAGCAGCUGUGGCGCCCUCAGCCCAUCUGCGCCCAGCUUGCAGAGUCCACAGGAUUCUAGCCCACCACAGGUGUCUAUCGCACAGACGCCACUCUACAUCUCCAUCCAGCCAUCACCGGCGAUGUCUGUCACACAGGUGGUGAGUCCACCUGCUGGACAGAAUGGCAAGAGUCUUCCAAAGCUGCAGCCGCGGCCACCCUCUGUUGUGCCCAUGGACAUCGACAUGGCGGCCAGCAAUGGCGACAUCGCUGCUAACACUAGAAUGCUGCAGGUGAUCAGUGAUCCUGGCAUCGCAUGCGAGAAAACAGUAGAGAUCAAGGUAGUGCCAGGGCCGCUGCCCCUGGGAGGCGCCACCGUCAUCGCCAACGAGGGUCUCCUGCAGCAGCAGCAGCGUAAGAUCGAGGAGCUGGAGCGGGAGCUGAAGCGCUCCCAGGUGGCGCUGCGUGCACAGCAGAUUGCCGUGCUGCGGGCGCAGCAGAGCGGGGCGGGGGCGACGGGACGCGGCGGCGGCGGCGGGGCGGCGCGGGACGGCGGACUUCUCAUGCAGAACCUGCAGAUGAAGCAGCAUCUGCUCUCGCAGCAGCAGCAGCAGCUGCAGGAGCUGCGCACCACACGCCAGCAGAUACACCUCGUCGCGCCAAGCGGCCAGCAGGUGGCGCCUCCGUCGCAGGCGCCGGUGAUGUGGCCGCAGCGGGUCGUAUUGACGGCGACGUCUGCCGGUGAGCCGAUGCUUGUGCCAGCGGUGACGACGACGACGACGCGACUGGACAACAAGGCUGCGCUUGUGAGCGCACUGAACGGUGUCGGACACCAGAGGUCUCUGUCAUUGCCGCUACCACUAGGUGGCACUCCGGUCAACUCGAUAUCGGUCGGCAUGCCGACGCAGACGACAACUGGUACGGUGAGCGCGAGCGAUGAACAGACUGACACGCCCACGCAGCCGCCACCCACGCAGCCGCCACCCAACUACGGCGACGCAGCCAAACAGUUCUUAAAGAAUAAACGCCGACCAUACAACGACCAACACGCUCACACCGUGGCAGCGGUUGCCUGA